AUGGCUGCUGCUGUUCUAAGAUCAAAAUCAUCCAGAGCCACAGCUUCUUUAUCAUCGCUCUCACACUUGAGAUACUGUUUGCUAACGCACGAUCUUCACACUGGAGAAUCUGUUGAUAAGGGUUAUGGAUUUUUAAAGAGUAAUAGUAAGUGGAGAUUAAGUAAUAUGUAUGGUGGUAGUAUUGGUGGUGGCGGUGGCGGUGGUUUUGGAGAGCCGCCUGAGGUCUGGCAACCUCAUGGAGAUGGUGGUAAGAUUGUUCCAUUGCCCGGUGCGGUUUCCCAACUCCAAAGGAGAUCUGUAAAGGACUUGAUAAGUUUGUUAUUGGUCAAGAAAGAGCUAAAAAGGUGCUGUCAGUGGCAGUUUACAAUCACUACAAGAGGAUCUUUAUGGACAGCUCACAAAAGGAAGACACUGCUUGCAAAAACAUUGGCGCGCUUAGUGAACGUUCCCUUUGUUAUUGCAGAUGCUACUACACUUACUCAGGCUGGCUAUGUUGGGGAAGAUGUGGAAUCUAUUCUAUACAAGCUUCUCACAGUUGCUGAUUAUAAUGUAGCAGCUGCUCAGCAGGGCAUCGUGUAUAUAGAUGAAGUUGACAAAAUUACAAAGAAGGCUGAGAGUCUUAACAUUAGCAGAGAUGUCUCGGGUGAGGGUGUGCAGCAGGCAUUACUGAAGAUGCUGGAAGGGACUGUUGUCAAUGUCCCUGAGAAGGGUGCACGGAAACAUCCUAGAGGAGAUAACAUUCAGAUUGAUACGAAAGAUAUUCUGUUCAUAUGUGGGGGUGCAUUUAUAGAUCUUGAGAAAACCAUUUCUGAAAGACGGCAAGACUCUUCCAUUGGUUUUGGGGCACCUGUCCGUGCAAACAUGAGAACCGCAGGCGUUACAACUGCUGCAGUCACUUCAUCUUUGUUGGAAACUGUUGAAAGUAGUGAUCUCAUUGCUUACGGAUUGAUUCCUGAAUUUGUUGGACGCUUUCCAAUUCUUGUCAACUUAUUAGCUCUUACAGAGAACCAACUUGUCCAGGUGCUAACCGAGCCAAAGAAUGCGUUGGGGAAGCAAUACAAGAAAUUAUUUCAGAUGAACGGGGUUAAGCUUCAUUAUACAGAAAGUGCAUUGAGACUAAUUGCGAAAAAAGCCAUAACCAAAAACACUGGUGCUCGGGGUUUAAGGUCCUUGUUAGAGAACAUUUUGAUGGAUGCCAUGUACGAGAUUCCUGAUGUAAGAACAGGAAAGGACAUAAUAGAUGCAGUUGUUGUUGAUGAGGAGGCUGUGGGAGUCCAAGGACAGGGUUGUGGGGCCAAAAUCUUGUAUGGUGAAGGGGCACUGGAACAUUAUCUAUCACAGCAUGAUAAUAAUAAAGAUUUAGAGGCGGAUGGAGAAGCUGAGCUGCCAUCCAUUGCUGCAUUGUAAAUUGUCUUCUUCAUUGAUAGUAGCCUCACAUGUGUUAUGUGUACUGUACAGCAUAAUAAUAGAUUAUAUAAAGUUGUAAUAAGAACCAGUUCUGCAGCAAAACCAGCACCAUCUCUCAUCUCUAGUCUCUAGUAUGUAUAUAUAUAUAUAUUAAGAUAUGAUCUUGUAGCAUGUUGGCAUUCCCUUUACAUCAAUCUAGCUACUGUAUAA